AUGGAGGAAUCAUCAACGGUACAGCAAAGGGAGAGUACUAAUUUUAAGAUUGGACGAUCAAAAUCCAUUUAUAAAGAAUUGGCCUGGAAUCAUCUUCGACGGAUAUCCAGAGGAAGCGGAUUUGGGAAAAUCCGUGUCCGGGGACACUUCAAUUAUCGAGAGAUUGUGCUUCGUUUCGAGCGACAGAGCACCUUCCAUGGCAUAUCGCAUGCUGCUCUUGCUUCAAAUACUAAAUGGCGUAUCAUUUGGUAUACUGCAUUUAUUAUUUGCUUUUGCGCUCUCCUUAUCCAAAUCAUUCUGCUUAUACGACGAUAUCGAACUUAUCCCAAAACCGUUGAUCUUGAUCUCAAAUUCGAAAAUGCUCCAUUUCCUUCGAUAACAUUGUGCAAUAUAAAUCCUUAUAAAGCAUCGAUGAUUGCUAAGGAAGGACCUACGAAAGCAAUGAUGGAUGCUUUUUCAAUCGCUCAAAAUCAUCUAGAAUCAUAUGGUAUUUCUGCCGCAAUUGAGAAUGCUCGAAAAGAAGCUGCAAAAUCGCGACGAACCAGAGCUUCCUUAGUCUCAAAUCGGCGAUAUCACCAGGUCUACGUCCAAUGUCUGUGUGAAAUUAAUUCAGUAACUGGUGAAAGAAAAAAAGGAAGCUGUUUUGCUGCAUAUAAAGGAAAUAUUUCGAUCCAAUUCACUGAUGUUCUGGCACGGUUUUAUCCCAGUAAAUGUAUUUGUCAGUUGGAUUGGGUAUCCAAAACUCUUUGGCCAUGCUUCCCACAUAAUACAUGGAAUGAACGAGUAUGUAAAGUAUGUCUCGAAAAUCUGGGUCACUGCCCGAUGAAAUUUUUCGAAGGGAAAGUCGGUGAGGAACAAACAAAAUAUCCCAGACGGAAGGAAUGUCUGUGCCAUCGCGAAUAUAAUCAUUGUAUUGCAAACAACGAAUAUGGUUAUAUCCUAGAAAUCAAACAAACAACGGAUAUUUUCGCACUGAAUAUUUCGGAAUUUUUCAGACCGACGAAACCACGUACUAUUACGACCACUGCUGCUACUACUACCACUCAAGCAGCAGAACUUAAAAAGGCUCUAGGAUUUGAGGGGCUGACUGAUGAAAUAGCUAUUAAAGAGCAAGCCAAAGAGAAUUUGAUGUUUGCUGUUGGUGAACUAAAUUAUGAAACAAAAGUAAAGAUGUCGCAACAAAAAGAUGAACUCAUCUUAAAAUGUUCUUUCAAUCAAAAAGAUUGCGACAUUGAAAACGAUUUUAAAUUACAUUAUGACCAAACAUAUGGCAACUGCUACACAUUCAACUGGAAUCGUACCAAACAAGUAACAGCUCACCAGGCCGGUGCUAACUUUGGUCUGCGUGUAUUACUCUAUGCCGAUACUUCCGAAUACUUGCCAACAUCAGAAUCCGUGGGUUUCCGGAUAACCGUUCAUGAUAAGUGGGUGGUACCAUUUCCGGAUGCGUUUGGCUACAAUGCACCAACUGGCUUCCUGUCUUCCUUCGGAGUCCGAAUGAAAAAAUUCAACAGACUUGUCCCGCCACAUGGUCAAUGUUUGGAAGACAAUAAAGGCAACCUGGAUACCAUAUAUCCUGGAUUCAAUUACUCCACUGAGGGAUGUCAUCGAACUUGUACUCAAAAAGAGGUUAAUCGCAUAUGUGGUUGCGCAAAUCCCGCUUAUCCGAUACCUAAUACAGCAACAUCAUGUAAAGUUAGUGAUCACAUUGCUCGGGAAUGCAUCAAAAAUGCUACACUACACUCCAGUCGUCUAAUUAGCGAAGGGAAUCUAGCCGAUUGUGUGUGCCACCAACCUUGCUCGGAAGUGAACUAUGAAGUUACAUACUCAGCCGCUCGAUGGCCUUCUGGGACAACAAAAGUCAUGGAAUGUGAUGCUGUGGAUGAUCUCUGCAUGGAGCGGUAUCGUAGAAAUGCUGCAAUGGUUCAAGUUUUUUAUGAAGAGUUGAACUAUGAAACACUUACCGAAACACCUGCUUACACUCUUACAAGUGCUUUAGCUGAUUUGGGUGGUCUCACAGGCCUUUGGAUAGGUGCAUCCGUGGUCAGUUUAAUGGAAAUCCUUGCCUUAAUUGUAUAUACAGUGCAAGCAUAUGUUAGAAAGCGGAAAAGGCAAGUUUGUUUAGGCCAAAAUGAACAAGAACUGAUGGAAGAUGAAGCCAGCCUAUCACAUAAGAAAUCCAAGUAUCUUCCGCCUGGUGUCGAUUUACCAUGCGAAUGUAUUUAUGAAAACGGGAAGAUCCAAUUAAUGAACGCAUUAUGCCCAGAACAUGGUUAUAUGGUCAGGAGAAAAGAGAACUCUGGGUUAUAUUUCCAAGUACCUGGAUACAAUGAAGCCGAUUAUGAAGAGGAAGAUGAAGAUGAUGAAAUGAAUGAAAGUGAUGAGGAAGAAAUUACGGAAGAAAAACAAGAAAACGAAAGUUGGGAACAUAGUAGUGGUGACAAAAAUGACUGA